AUGCCGACCAUCAUGACAACGCUGAUGGCUUCGCUUCUUUGGCUACUUGCCUACCUGAGCUGUGUUUCAGCGAUUGCCGUCGAGAUGCUUGCCAGCAACGACACCUCCAUAGUCAGGCGCGGCACCACAAAUGCACUGCAAUACCCAUACUCCCUCCAACUCCUUCUUAGCGUCGCUGGGGUCCACCAAUACCGCUGGUUCAUCUACCAAGGCCCUCAAGGUAUCGCUGUCGAUCCCUGUGAGGAUCACGACGGCCAGAUGCCUGCGGAAUUCAAGCGCGUCUUCUAUGGUGUGAUGUUCCAGGAUGAGAAUGAUGCUAUCAACCAUCCCCCGUUUCCCGAUCGCAAGGUAUACACCAAGAUCGAAUACUCUAAUUACGAUGACUGCAAGUACAUAGGCACGGGUAUCGAUGCUGGGCAAUUCCGAUGUGGAGACCACUACAUCAUUGAUUGCGCGAAGGACCCUAGAUACGAUGAGGCUACUAUCAAGUGCAUUAUCGCCUGCCUCGGCUUCGCUCUUGCCGCACCCGUUGAAGAGACCGCAAGCGACGUCACUCCAGGCGUACUGCGAGGCCAGGGCCCUUACCCCUACUCUCUACAGAUCCAAGUUUCGGAGGUCAAGCCCUUUUACUAUGUUUGGGAUAUCUUCCAAGGACCUAGCGGCAUUGCUGUGUACCCUUGCGGUGAUACGCGCUUCGAGAAGGUCUAUCAUGGCGAGCCCGGAUGGCAUACCGACAAGCUAGAUAUGGUUCAGCCUCCCUUUCCCCAGAACUAUGAACCUUUCGUCCCGGAGUUCGACGUCAAGAUCAAGUACGGCAACCGUAACAACUGCGUAUAUCACGCUACUGGUGUAGACCCUGGUCAAUUCCAUUGCGGCGACGAGUACAUAGUCGACUGCAAAAAGGAUUUUAGUCUCGCAACACCUAUCCAGAACUUGAGCAUGGAGUUGCAGAAUAACCGCACCACACACGGCCUUCAAGCUGAGGGAUACACCAACUCCAUCCAGAUCAUGCUUGAUCGGGAAUCAUACAGGGACUACUGUUGGGAGUUGUUUGUAGGUCCGUACGGCAAGAAAGCAAACCCUUGCGGGACAAACCACAAACCGUUCCGUCUCGCGGCCAUGUCCGGUGUCUUCGGUUACGGACGAAAUGAUAUCGAUCAUCCCCCGAACCCACCUGCGAUGGAGCUUUCCCUUGUGGACAAUAGCAAGAACGAGUGCAAGUGGAAAACCGACGGCGGCGGUCACCCUGGUCAACUCAUCUGUGGCGAUUGGAUGAUUAUGAAUUGCGAGCGAGACGCGAGCUGGAACGAUGGUGCUAUCAAUUGCCAUGGCUUCUCGAAACAAGCAACACAUACUGGACUGAAGACUGCACCAGCAAAUACGAAAAUGCUGUUCUCACUGUUCAUCGGCAUAGUCGCUUUCUUACUGGGCACGGCUUCCGCUUACCCUACCAAGGACCCCGUCACACAGGUACCGGGCAAUGAUACCAAAAUUUCCUCGGACUUCUACGAUGCCUCCAUCCAGGUCCUCCUUAACCGAGCAUCGGGUACCGAGUACUACUGGGAAAUGUUCCAAGGCCCAUCUGGCCAAGUUGUUCAGCCCUGUGCCUAUCCUGAUCCGUUCAAAUUUGCCUCCAUGAAUGGCCCCUACCAUUACAGGCGAGACGCCAUCGACAAUCCCCCGAGUGCCCCUGCUGUAAGUUCUCAUAUCCAUCGCACUGGAUGCUGCUAG